UCAUACCACAAUGGUACACUUCCAUACAACGUGAUAUAAUCUUAUAUAAUACCAAGCAUUACCUCAUGGAAUAGGCUAGUAAUAAAAGUCUACUUUUUUGUUCUAAAAGAUGUCAACGUUGAUGGUCAUUUUGAAGAGCAUCAUGCAUUAAUCCGAUUUAUAUGUGAAUAAAAUUAGGACUCAAAACAAAAGAGCUAUAACCAGUUAAAAUUAAUUGGGGGAAAGUUAGUUAGCUUUUGUAAAUGGUAAUUUUUUUAUUAUGAAUUGUUAUGAAUGCUAUCCGCUCCCCACGGCUAAUAAGUAUUGGAUCUGGAUUUUACGCGGGCUUAGAUCCACUUUCGGCUAGAAAAUUGUAUAACAUCGACCAUAUAUAGGGGUGAAGUCAGGAUUUACAAUUUGGGGACCACAAAUUAUUUUUUUCGAACCAAAUAAUAUUGUAAAAAUAAAAAAUUAAUCAAUAUUAGUAUUAUUAUUAUUAUUAACUAAUACGACAAUAUUUGAGAUCAUUGAAAUCACUUAGCGGUCACUUGGAUGAGGAAUUCUAAUGGAUCAAUCUGACACAAUUGUCUCGUUUUGAGACAAUUGAGCCAGAUUGACUCGUUUAGCAGCAUAAAAUUUGAAAGAAGUAAUUUGACCUAGGGAAUUUUGAACUGACUCGUUUUGAGGCAAUUACAAUUGUCUGGGGUGGGGUUAGGUAAUUCAAAUUGACUCGGUUGAAAUAACUCAUUUUGUAAAACAAGACAAUUGGCUAAAUUGUCUCAUUUCUCAACUGAUCCAUUCAAACGACCCCUUAAAAUAGUAGGGCACAAAUUUGGCAUGACUUGCACCUGACCCUGGCUGAAAAUUGGUUUAAUGAGACACGACCAACCUCUCCGCAUCACUCGCAAACGAAGAGUUGCGAACAUGGGUGUUUCGACUCAUUUUGAGUGCUUGCACCUCCUUUGCUACGACAACAAAUUGUUUCUCUAUUCUAGUGAGAGGUCAUAUUGCUCUUGUACCAGUUUCACUAUCACAGGAGCACUUCUCCUCGAUCAGUUUUAUAGACUUGACGGCCAUCGAUGCAUAAUGCUCGAGAGCGCGUUGCGCGGUCAUAUGAGACACGUCAUCUUUGUCAGCUUGAUCACCAUCAUUGUGUUGUUUAGAUUGAGGUCCUUGCGAAAGAUGUCACGGUCAUAUGAGACACGUCAUCAUUGUGUUGAUAAGCCAACUUGUUACUUUGGCUAGCACAGUGGUGUUCAAACUACUUUAUUCAUAAUUCUUAUGCACUGAGUAGUUGGAGAUCAUUUGUUUACACUCAAAAAAAUAUAUUGUACCACAAUGAUCUUAUAAGUCCACAUCAAUUAAAACAAUUAAUGUUAUUUGAGUUGUGCCUCAUGACUUUUGACUUUUAAGUCCAAGUCAUUAAUUCCUUUGUGAGCAUAGAUAUGAGUUAAUGAAGAAAAUGGUCAUCUCGUAGGAAGUCAUGUCAUGCAACAAGAAUAAUAAACUAUAGCCCUUAAGUUGCGUAUAAAUAACUAUGUCUGGAAGGGCCAUGGCCAUCUAGAGGUCCAUGAUCGUGUCACAAGACGGACUAUGGAUCUGAGGAAGAAUUCUCGACCAUGAUUCACAUGGUCCAUGAUGUGAUAUAAGUGCAUGGCGUGGAUGCAUAUCAAAAGUCCAUGCCAUGAGAAGUGAAACAUCCCACUACUUUGAAACUUGGAAAAUAUAAUUCUACCCCGGAGUAUAUUUAAAAAUUUCAAAUAACAUAAUUUAAAAUAAAAUACUCAAUCUCAAAUAUCUUAAUAUCUCAAAGAAAAGCCCUAAACAUGUGGGCAAAACUCAAAUCGUACUCUUAGAAGAAACAAAAGAAACGAAUCUCUAGUCAUAAACUCAUAACCACAAAGUCUUAAUAGCUUACGGAGUUCUCCGAUGCUUACUCUGACGCUUGGCUAGACAUCCCUCGGCGACGGUGGACGGUGGUGUUGAGCUCCUCUAGUCUGGAGGUCACGAACUGGUUGAUUGCGAUCUCCUCCUCUACGAUAUAGUGAGUGAGUUGGGGUCAGUCUACGCCCUUACGUUAAAAUCUAUAGCCCUUCAGUAUACUUCUCAAAAUAUUUAACUUCGACUAGUGGGAGUUGCUUGUACUUCCAUUUUUUUAAAAAUCUUAACUCUUAAAACUCUUCGGAAGUUAAAGUUACUCUCCCUUCUUAAAGCUCAAAUAUUGACUUAAAUCUUUUGACUGACACGGGGAUCCCUCACUAGCUAGUCUGGUUCCCCAACUCAUACGUAUGAGAGUCUGUCCAAGCUUUCCUUAAACUUAUACUUAUCCUGGAAGGCUCUUCUUCCACGAUUCUCAAGCGCAUAACUGCUGCUCAUCUUAAAUGUCUCUAGAGCAUAACUGCUACUCCUCUUAAAAGUCUCAAAAGCAUACUACUACUCUAUCUCAAAAUCUCAAUGGCAACAGACUAGUACUAGUGACUAAAAACAUUUAGAACUAUUUCACCUUCUUUGAAGGUGAAGUACUCCUUAAAAAGGAACUUGUUUCUUAAACUUAGUUGUAAGUAAAGCAGGCAAUAAAUCGUAUAACUGGAAAUAAAACUCACACGUAAUGGCAUGCAUCACAUAUGAACAUGCAUAAGAAGAUAUAGCACAUAGCAAUCAAUCUCAAAACUUAAAACCGUAAGGCGUAGAAUUUACCACCUUUACACUCACUUGUCAAGUGCCGAUACUUUAAUUCGUCGGACGCUGUGUUCCUUGACUUGAUCGCUUCUUUAAUCUUAUAAAUCGAGAUUAAUUACCCUUAGUCGGUAUUUCAUAAAAUUUUCUGUCCUCCUAGCUUAAUCUGAAAAUUCUUUAAAAAGGGCCUUGAACCUCUUUAAAUAAUUUUUUCAAUAACUGGAAUUUUUCAAAAUUUUCCAAGACUUGAAUUAAUACUAUUAACUCAAAAUUUCAUUAAUAUAAAUCUCAUAAAUUUCCAAAAAAUAUUUCUUCUUAAAAGUUCCAUAUUCUGACUCGGAAUAACUCAAAACAUAAUCCAAAAAUUAUUAACUAUAAUUUACAUCUUAACUAACACCUUGUUAUUUAAUUACAACCUUAAUGAAUUUUAAAUCUAUUC